CUCGACUCUAACAGGCACAGAGGCGGCCUCAAUACAGGAAGGUUCGCAAGCAGGUUGGCAUGCUGCGACACACUGCACUGGCGGUUUCGUGACUGGCGUAGUGCUCUCUGUGCAAACUGCUGUGCACUGACUGUGACAAAGGUUACCACAGUGAUCUUGCGGUAG